GGUGACGUCACGCGGCGGGAGGCGGUCCGCGGUGACGUCACGCGGCGGGAGGCGGUGCGCGGUGACGUCACGCGGCGGGAGCGAAAGGCGGCAUCUUCGUAGCUGGGUGGCGGACGCGAGCGCCACAAAACCACGUUUGGUGCCGACUGCCCCGGGAACAGCGGCCAUGUCGGGCGAAGUGGAGCGCGCGGCGUUCCUGCGCUGGGAGGUGGUGGACACGGCGCGGGCCGGCGUGCUGCUCGAUGAGCCACUUCCACCGGCGCGCUUCGCUGGGUCUCGGCAAGAGAGGCGGAUGAGCUCCAGUCCCGCUCACCCCGAUGGCCCCGAGAUUUUUCAACCCCUGCGACCGAUGCUCGUGGGCAGCCUCGACUCGACAGCGCAGGUGUACGGGGAUAUGUCGCAACAGGAUGAAGGUUACCCGCGGCCCGCCUGCCUGGCGGCAGACGAGCGUGUCGCGGCGGGAAAGGACCCACGACAGAUGCAGCUGCUGCCACCGUUCUCACCGGGCAUGCUGGGAACUACGCACUUUGACCCCGUCGCUCUCAGCUCUACCGGUCGAGGGACCGUGCUGGAGCAGCAGUUGCUGCAGCUGCAGGCUUGGCAGGCUCACCAGCAGCAGCAGAUGCAGCGGCUACAGCAGGAGAAGAUGUCUGUCCUCAACUUGGUUUCUGGACCGUGGCUCCACAGAGGAGCUGGCAAGAAGCUAUCACAGCCUCCACCAAUGGAACACUUUGGGAGCAUGGGGAGGCCCGAGCAGCCUGAUGUUCAUGCGAAGGCCCAUAAACCCAGCUCUCCUGGUGAAGGUGAAAGCGUACCAGACGACGAAAGCAUCUCUCUCGAGCGCUCCAGGUACUCCCCGCGCGGCGCGUCGAGCCCCGAGCAAUGGCCGAGCGAGCAGAGCGAAUUGGAGGACCACCGACAACGUUCGCCGCUUCCCGUCCACCCGGAGGACAGACCCAUCACACCUGGCAUUCAAGGUGCUCGGAGAUUUGAGCAACUCCUGGAGGAGCAGAUGAAGGCUGAGGAGGAGAGACUAAGAGGAUGUGAGAAGCCUUUUGCAGGUGCUGGAGGAGAUACUGGAGGUGGCGAUGGUGGCGGUCGUGCACGGAAACCAUUUUUGAAACGUGGUCAAGGCAUCGCUCGCUUUGAUAGAGGAAAAGAAGUCCCGGCUAGAAUGUCCAAGGGCGUUGGUGAGGAUGGCAGUUCGAUCGUCACUGCAAAAACGCAACGCGGUGCUGCCCAAGAGAUGUCGUUAAAGAGCACAGCGCCGGUGCAGAAGGCGAGAGGGAGUCAUCCGCAGGUCCAGAAACCGGAUCGCCAAAUGCACGCGAGCAGGGGAAACGAGAAGCUAAAGCCAUCCGUCGGGUCCAAAUUGGUGUCCGGUGGAGCAGAACGGUCGUACGCAAGUACCCGUCCACCCGCCGAGAUCUCCAGCGCACGGUCAGCGAGCAGGGCCAGUGAGGUGGCGACGCAGGCUGCGAGGAAUGCGCAGAGUAGCGCACAACCCCGUAAAAUGGUCACAUUUGACCUGCCCGAUGACCCGCCCUCCGCUAAAAUGUCUGGCUCGCAGCUCAGAGAAGAGAACCUGCGAAUGCCACCUGCGAUCAAGGAGUCGUAUCCACAGACACAGAAUGAAACGAGGCAGGAUGUUGAAAUUGAUCGAGCGCAACUCGCCGCACAAACGCCGAGCCAGCGGCACGAGGGUCUGUGCAUGGGGGCCCAGUUGCCCGUGUCGUGCGUGGCCGAGUCUUCCUUUGAGACGUCCUUUCAGCGCAAGAUGGAACGCUGGGACUCUGAGCGAGCCGUGGACGAUCACGAACUGCAGGAGUUUGAGCUGCUGGAGCAAGCGGCGCAGGACCUCUCGUUUGCAAGCAACGCCUCGUUGACCACGACGAGGGCGCCGCCACCGCAGAUGCUGCCGCCUCCGAUGAACCUGGACAACUGGGGAAACUGGCGUCGGCUGUCGUCGACGCCAAUCAAGGAGUCGGAGAGGGCCGUCACGCCGGAGAGUGAAGGAGCAAGCGAGGUACCCGGUGCUCAGGCCCCAAAACAUGCUACGGCUUUAAAGUCCGUUUGGCAGCAGCCCACGGAGAUUGGCGGUGACAGGGGCGGUGAGGUCAGAGGAGUCGAUGGAGGCGACGGACAGUGCGACGAUGAACGUGGUGGUGGAGGCGGCGUGGCGGAGGCCCUGGGGGCCACGAAUUGUUUGCCGUCUCGCCCGGGAGUUGUUGAAGAUGCGGAACUGAUGAGCGAUGACAGCUCCGAUGCUUCUGAAGUCUCUAGCUUUUUAAGCGGCGUCGAGGAGUGUGACGAUCUAGACGACAAUGACGAUGGCGACUGUGAAAAGCCACCGACCCCUUGCAAGGAUCCUGAUGGUUUUGAAGAUGAGCACACGUGGAACGACGACAAUGAUGUUGUUGAUGAAGACGAAAGGACUCUGGUGGAGGAGAACCACAUGGCGGAGGAUAGAAAUCACGCACGCCUGGAGGGCUCGGAGCAACGAGCGGUCACGCGUAAGGUGGCACAGUGUAGGACAGUAGACAGGACAGACUUGGGCGACUUUCACAAUGGGAAGGUGUCUCCUAAUGAACCGCCAACAUCUGGACUCGUGGCAAAACUUUUCCCGGCACUUAAACCGCCCAAGAAAGACGUCGCUGUUGCCCCUGCGGCGGACGUGGGGCAGUCGCGGCUGCUGCAGGAGCGACUGGCCGAGCUGGAGACGGAGAUCGCACGCUUCCGCACCGAGAACGCCGCCCUCGCCCGCCUGCGCGCCGAGCACGAGGCCUCGCUGGAAACCCUACGCAAGGAGAGGGAGGCGUUCGAGAGGCACAGGGCGGAGGGGGUGGCCCAGCUCGAGGCUGAGCGGCUGGAGGGGCAGCAGCGGCUGCAGCGUGAGCGGCGCGUCUUCCAGAAGCACGCGGCGGCCGCCCGGGCCAUCCCCGACAAACAGCAGCGCAACGAGGCACAGACCCUGCGCCAGCAGCUGGCCGAGCUGCAGGACGAGCUGCGCCGGCGGGAGGCGCGCUGGGCGGCGGGGCAGGCGCGCUCGCGCGAGCAGCUGCAGGCGGCGGAGCGGCUCAACGCCGAGCUGCGGCGCGAGCUCAGCACCGCCGAGCGCCUGCGUCUGCAGGCCGUACGGCGGCGCGGGGCGGCUGGGCGCAACGGCGGGGCCCCCGCGGGAGGACCCGCGAUGGACAGGGAGGCGGUCGCUCUGCAGGUUCUGGGAACCCAGAAGUUGGACGUGGGUCCACAGCUCGCCGCUCAUCCUGCGAAUGGCGCUCCGACUAAGGUGGCGGCGGGUCACCUUCCUGCAAGUGAUGCGGCCAAGGCUGGCGCCCUGAAGCCAAAGUCCUCGUCUCUCAAGUCGCAGGCUCCCAGCCUAGGAUCCCAGAAGGGCACGGAAACCAAACUGGGGAGGCCUAGCCAAGCUGCGUCAGCUGCUUCCAGGACCACGAGGCCGGACUUGAGUUCAACGGGAGCAGCAGCGGCGAUGACGGCGGCGGCAGCGGAGGACACCCCACGUACGGCCACCCUGAAAGCCGCCACUCAAGACUCGUCGCAUCCCUUCGGCACCUCUCACCACAAACCGGAGGGCGGCGGUGACUGCGGCCCGGGUGUGGAGCAGUCUCCCGACUGGGGUGCGAGCUCGCUGGACGGAAGCAGGACCGCGGACGAGGAGGUGCUGGAAGAGGUUACACAUCCCGAUGGCAAGGUGGAGGUGGUGUCGCGCGACGGCCGCCGCACGCUGCGCUUCCCCAACGGCACGCGCAGGGAGGUGAGCCCCGGCGGGCGCUCGGUGCUCGUGGCCUUCUUCAACGGAGACGUGAAACGCGUGCUGCCCGACCAGCGCGUGAUUUACUACUACGCAGAUGCACAGACCACACAGACCACUUUUCCGGACGGUUUGGAGAUUCUACAGUUCCCGGACAAUCAGAUUGAGAAACACUACCCGGACGGAAGCAAGGAGAUCGUGUUUCCCGACCAGACCGUGAAGCACCUGCAUGUGGACGGGCGCGAGGAGACGAUUUGUCCAGAUGGCACCGUCAUUCACACUCAGCUCAACGGCGACCGCGAGAUCGAGUUUGCGGACGGGCAGCGCGAGGUGCACACGGCGCGCUACAAGCGGCGCGAGUACCCGGACGGCACCGUCAAGACGGUGUUCCCCGACGGACGCCAGGAGACGCGAUACGCCUCGGGGCGUCUCCGCCUCAAGGACAGCGCCGGCAACAUCGUCUUUGACGGCACCGAUGCCCACUAAGCGCCGCCCGAUUCGCGCGGUUGGCUACGUACAGCGCGAGGAGAAGUUCAACGUGCGUACGUACAUCAGCGCUGGCGCCCUCUGUCCCCUGGCUCAAGUCCCGUCGCGUGAGCUGGGCCGGUGACAUGCCGUGGCACGAUGAACCAAGUUUUGUGGCGCGCCGUGGCGGUGCCGGUUGGUGCUGCAGUCUGCUCUGUGACACAGUCGCAUGCCGUGGAAAGCUCUGGCAUGUUUUCGUACGUCAUGGUACACUGAACAAGCUGUGGCACACUGAAAAUGGUCGUGGUUAUAGACACGGUUAAAACGCAAUCUGACACAUCUCAUACAAUUACAGUGAAACCUUCUAAUGAUCUCUUUCAAAAUGCUCAAUGCAUCCACUCAGACACGUGCCAAUUCAGAUCUCUCAUCUCAUCCAAGACAGGUCCCAAACCCUUGACACAUUUAUUCCCACAGCCUUUGUCAUAUUCCAUACAGAUCUGAAAUUGGAUCCUUGUAUAAAUCAAUGGAACAGUCGUUCUGAACUUCCACCCGCAUAGCCUGCCUAUAGCAGGGCACAGAAGGGCAUUGUUUUUUUAAGGCCACCACCACCCGGCAGCGUUCACUCACUCAAACCGAUGUAAGAAGAAGAAGAAAAAAAACCCCACUGGCACAGUUAUUUUAAAAUGUUUUUUAUAAUAAUAUUGAUGCAAUAGAUAUGCACAUUUGUUGUCGUGCCUUUUGUCAAAGAGUCAGCACACGGUGCCUUAUCAUGUGCCAAGUCGUACGUCACACUUCGCACUUCAGCUCCUCUAUUGGGAUUGCAAAACUUGGCGGGAGCCUCCCGAUAAAGAUUCUUGAGACUCGACGAGGCUUUCACGGGUAAACAAAGCUUGACAAAAACUAACGAUGAUACAAUAUUCAACCGCGAGCCACGGCUUCCUCAUCUCAUAUAAGCCGUGCUCACUGAAGGAAUUACACGUGACUUAAGAUCAAAGAAGGGCAAUCCUGAAUGUGUCAUAAAAGAUGGCUUCAGAAUUUUGGCACUAAUUUGGCAGAUGAUUCCACUGCCGAUGUCUGCCGGAGAGGGUGGCAAAGCUACGAAGGAGGUCGGAGUCGGCUGAUCCCCGUGCCUGAGAUGGGUCAGUAGGGGUUCAUGAGUUUCACAUAACAUUCAGGUCCAAGUCUGUGGGAUUGCUUUAUCAAGAGUUUGAUAUGUAGGUAUGCAUUCCUUCACUGGAAAUCGAUGCAUUUUUUUACAGAACAAGCUGCUUAUCAACUUGCAUUAUUUUAUUUACUUUUAUCAGUGACUCUUCAUUAACGAUAUGAUUACGGCUGAACAUGGGUUCAUUAUAAGCUAACAGAUUAGUCGAAUGUAGAAAUUAGGUCACAGUGCCCCCUGUUUGAAACGAGCAUGAGGCAGAGCACGUGUCUGCUGCUGGUCUUGAGCCAAUGUUGCCUCUGGAGGAUGGCCACUGCGACGAUGGGUUAAGCCGGGGGCCGGCAACGAAAACAACGGGAAGAGUCAUUUGUUUUGAAUUCUGUAAAUAAAAUAAAAACAUUUCAAGAGGAGCUGCAAUGCGAUGUGAACACGAGACGGUGCUCCUUAAUAAAUAACGUCACAAAACAGUUCCUUGAGUAGCCGCAUGCGGCUUCGGAGCCGUAGGUUGGUGACCCCUACCCAUGGUGAACUGGACUUCCAUGGUGAACUGGACUUCCAUGGUCAGGGGGUCAGCAACCAAAAUAACAAGACGAGCCAAUUUUUUUUCCCCGAAUUUCAAGAGCCGCACUGCAGCCCCUUAAAGAGCCACCGCAUGCGGCCCCGGAGACGCAGGUUGCCGACCCCCUGGGUAAAGCUGACCCCCAAAUAGAGCUCUCUCAUUCUGCCCGAUUGUGAGCGGGAGCGCCUGCCACAGCGCCACCUGAGCUGGCAGCUGCGUUGUUAUUAUCUACGGAAAAAUCUGCCUCUGCUCAUGUUUGCAAUCUUUAGGGCAUGCGAUCCGGAAGAUCGUGCCGAUAUUUGUUGGCGAGUCAAAUCUACAACUGUCGUUUUUUUUUCUUCCCCCAAACAUUUUAUUGUAAUGUUAAUACUUACAUAUGUUCAGCGCUUGCCACUGCUGAGCAGUCAAGCAGAGAUGCCUCCUCGGUCGUUAAAAUGCCAAAGCUGAUGUGUUUUGGACCAAUGCGCACGGCUGGUCCAAUCUUUGUAGAACUUUGGGAUUUUCCCACGCAAUGAUGGGAGAUGAGGCUAUUGGCAGGUGUUUACACUGACAGGCAACGUACACUUAGCUCCAUCAGAUCAUCACAAAUGGCCAAUAACGGAGAGGCAAGACCACGUGCAGUUUCUGGACACGAUUGCAAGGCAAACGCACGGUGGAUGGAGUCGGAAUUAAAGAUUUUCCGCACAUCCAAUUAUCACGGUUGGCUAUGUACGGUGCUAAAGAAGUUCAACGUACACUAUCAGUCAUCCGCCCACCCAGCUACAGAGUAAUGUUUGACGCGCGACGGCAAAGCUGAUCUUUUUAAUUCUCAAAGCUGGACUUUAGCAAAAUCAAGGGGAAAAUCAAAUGUGAUUUUUUGUUGUUGUGCGGUCAUUGGUGAUCAGGCUGAGAUGAAGCAACUACACUUGAGAAACAGGUUUAAUCUCAGUCCACUGCCUGGAUUCGAACCCAUGCUAGCAUGCGUGCCAAGUCAGAACUGAUGUCUUAAGUCAAUGUAGCGGCCUCAAGUAGCUGCAGAUGUCCCGUAACCCCAUCACAUACAACAUGCAGAAAUCUAAAAACAUUGCUGCUCACGCCAUUCAGUGGAAUAAUAAUCGGUGGUACGAUUAAUUCAGAAUCAGAAUAUUUAUACUGGAAGAAUCCGAUGAGCUUUAAAGCUCUUUAACACAGAUGUCCGAACGUUGGGUUGCUCGGUCAAUGGCCAGGGUCAACGGCGGCGUGGUGUAUUCCGCAAAUAUGCCCGACUGUGAGGGCGGGCACAAGCCGGCGUGAGUAGGUUAAACGUUGAGUUUUAUAAGGGCACCACGGUGUGACCCGCCCCUCCCCACCCAGCCCCACCCCUCCCACCCCCCACCCAGCCCCACCUUCCCCACCCAGCCCCUCCCCACCCAGCCCCUCCCCACCCAGCCCCUCCCUGCACGACGGACGCAAUAAUCCCCUGUGGGCUGGUGUAACCAGGAGGUUCCUACCAGUAUGAAACUAAUCCAUCCCCAUCCUAGCAGACAAAGCCCCCUGAGGCAUUAAAUAAUUUCCAAAAAAGAUUUGCCCACAAAUGAUAGCUCAACAAAGUGGCUGCUCAUUUGGACAUUUUUAUCAGCAAAAUAAUCUAAAUAGUCUAAACCGGAGAGACAUGCAAACUCCAAAUAUACAGCAGGCGUCGGGGUCGGGAUCGAACCCCCGACCUCAUCGGAGUACAUGUCAGGAUUUAGUCAUUCCAGUACCUAUCAGCCCCUGGCUUGGGGAACGCCAACCCGAUGCAUGUUCGCAACAAUUAACCUGCACCUACUCCUUCAGAGCCAUUUAGAGGCCCACCUCUUAACAAGGCCGGGUUUUCAGGCGACACAGGCUCUAGAGGUACGGUCAUUUCGCGAUCAAAAUCUUGCAUCGGGAUCACUGUCACUUGAUUCCAAUGGAAAAAUAACACGAUCAUUAUCUUAUUUGGAAAUACGACAUGAUGUAGGCAGUCCCAACGAACCGCAAAUCAGAUGAUGAUCCGUAUGUCUUUGAUAUUUUAAGAUUGUAAACAGUUGUGUUGCUUAUUCCAGCAUUCUUCAUUAAUUUUCAGUGGGGGGGGGGUCACUUUCGCCGAUAAGACAUCAUCAGUGUGAGAGCCGCCACACAUUUGAAACCGUUAGGGGUUUGAUCGCAGCACGAUGAUGAUGGGGGGGGGGGGGUGUUUUCACCAUUUGUGUAUUGUCAGGCGCCGCGCGGGCCUUGCGUUGAAGAGCACUGGCUUAUUCAGUCGAAAUGCGGGUCAUGUUGCAAGAGGUGUUACCUACGGCACCUGCAAGCUGUGUGAAUGGUUUGCACCCUCGACUUGCAAUUCACAGCGCUCCGGGUCUGACUCAACCUCCCAGCGAGGCAGUGGAAACAAUGGGGGGCAGAUUUCUCUCUUCCCCCCCACCUCACCCUCCACCUCACCCUCCACCUCUCCCUCCACCUCACCCUCCACCUCUCCCUCCACCUUACCCUACACCUUACCCUUCACCUCACCCUCCACCUCACCCUACACCUUACCCUCCACCUCACCCUCCACCUCACCCUCCACCUCUCCCUCCACCUCACCCUCCACCUCACCCUACACCU